ACAUUAAUCGUCUGAUAUUUCACGUUCCUCGUUUGGUCAAUAGUCACCUUUUCCUGCGUUUGUUUACUCGUCGCGACUUCUUCUCCGGCCAACACCAAACACUCCGCACCUCUUUACCAUACCAUCUCCCCCUCCAAGCCAACAGACCACCUACCAAACACAGUACUUUUCGAGCUGCAAUAGAGUUAGCACGCACUGAAUCAAGGUAAGUUCUUUCUGUUUUCGGCGUGCAUUUCAAGUCCUUUCCACCAGCGAACUGUCUUUUUGUCCGACCCGACAAACACACCGCUGCAAUGUACUCGAGGGCCAGAGUCAGGACCAGUUCGAGUGCGAACCAGAGUCUCCUAGGCAUGCAACUGGCUACGAUCAGCGACACUCUCGCCAAAGCUUCCCAACGCCGCGACGCAGAUAUGCAGCACAAGGUGUCGAAAGGAUUAUCGGUGGCGCCUACACCUGACCUCACGGUGGGUUCAGCGUCAGAGGCUUCGGGGACUAGCGACUUGGGUCAUGGUGAUAGCGAUGUGGAGCUGGAGGAGCUACAGAAGCGCAUUGGAGAGGUUGCAACUAGGUUCCCGCUGUCUACGAUGUAUUCGACAGCGACUGAGAUGGGUUUCGAUACUGCUUCUGUCUCGCUGCGUGGAGGCGAGGGCAACUACGAGGACGGUCAAGGCCAUCUGCUUGCGGAGCGCAGGCGGAUGAUCCAGGCUCUGGAUGAUGACGAUUUCGAUCCUGGAAAGAUGCUCGCGGAGCUCGAUGGGCGGACACAGUUUCUAAGACAAGCGGUUGUCGCCGAUGAUGACGACGAUGACCCGAGGAGCAUGCUCGCAGCCCUCGAGCGAAGAACACAGCUCCCAAGUCAGAAGAUCAUCCACGACAAUGGCGACGACGACCUGAGGAGUAUGCUCGCAGAGUUUGAGCGGGAGUCAUUACGAGUUCAACCGAAUCUCGAAGAUACUGCUAGUGACGACCUCGAAGCGCUUCGCAGUGGGAUAGCAGCCAUUGAUCUGCCCUCACACCAGCAGGGAAUACACCAUUCUAUAUGCAGUGACAGACAAGCGCCGCAUUCCCAGGCGAAACGCCCUUAUAAUCACGAGGAAACGCCAGACACGUCUGUUCUCGACGAAGACGCUACUCUAUAUAAGAUCGCGUCGAUCCUUGCAAACACAGGCCACGAAUGGGAGAAAGUUCAAGGGUUGACCACCUAUCUGUUCAGCACCGUCUUGGAUGGACAUGAAGCCCAGCAACAGAAAGAAGAAUUCAUGAGGCAAGCCAGAGAAGAGCUCGAGACCAUCAUACACAAGGCCGUGGAAGAGGAGAAGAUCUACUACGAAGGUGAAGAGAAAUCGAGGUUGCCGCGCCGUCUGGUCGUGUCGAAUAUAGCUGCAGGUGCUGUGAAGGAGGAUUUGAUAGAGUCAUUCUCCCAACACAGGUGGGAAAUUCAGGAGGUCAGGCUCUUGAAACAGCGAGAUCCAAUCAAGAGGACACAGAUGGCUCACAUCGACUUCUGGAAGAGGAAAGCUGCGGUUGAAGCGUCUUUCAAAAUCGCUGACAUCUUCGGACUAUGUGUCAACACCAGACUUGCGGUUGAGAAAGCAGACUAUUGUUGAGUAGGCGGGUUUGGUCGUGGUAUCUUCUGGAUGAUGAGGUUGUACGCAUGCACCGGUUCACCCCGACAUAGGUGAAACCACGGCGGGAAUAUGUGGAAUCUUGGGAGGAUGGGCGGGCGCCUGCAUAACAACUCGUUCCGUAGGAUAGCCGGCUCAGCGUUGGAACGAGAUAUCA